AGCAUUCGCGUUCAAUUUCAAAGCUGAAUCGCCGCAAAGCAACCCGCCCUCCAAUCCAAAAGAAAAAAAAACUUCGCAAGCCCGGUGGAGGACGACGCCGCUGCCGCCGCCAUGGGAAAGCGCGGCAACGAGUCCGACUACGAGAGCCUCCGCGACGCCCGCAUCUCCGAGAACAAGGCCCGGUUUGAGAUGCUCGGGCUGCGCUGCGCCAAGGAGGAGCUCAACGCGAUGGCCGCCCCCUCGCGCCGCCCUUACACCCGCAAGCAGCCCGCCACGGGCCCGCCCCGCCGCUCCCCGCGGCUGAACGGGCAGGCCGUGAAGCACAAGGCGCUGCCCCUCACAGGGGUUCUGGGCAAGGCGACGGCUGUAGCGGUGGAGGAGAAAGAGGAAGAGGAGGGGGAGGAGGGCGAUCACGAUGCGCCGGCGGUCCUCGACGAGGAGAUGGACACUGACGGCGAGGGGAUGGGGGGCGUGUACGACCCUGUUCCCGGGGAAACUGCCAUUUCUGCAGAGGAGAUCGUGCAGCGCGGAUGACUGCGAGCGCUGCGUGUUAUGAGACCUGAACUUGCCGUGCUCUGACAUGGUGUGUGCUCAUCUACCACGCUUCUGGGAUCUCCAGCUGAAUAUCCGCGUGUAGUUUAGAGUCGAUUCCAGGAGUCUCCAUGUCCAUGGUUUUCAGUUCAGAUAAGGUGUAAAUAUAGCAGGCAAAUCCUAGUCAGGUAGUCUGGUUCAGGUACCUAGACUCCAUCACUCCAAGUCGUUUUGGAACAUGGUCUCCUAAUUUUCUUGCCGGGUCUCUGUUGAACUCCUGUGAUGCGGCUAUUGGAAUGUGAACUGAUUACACUGCA